AUGUACACUGAUCAUCAGGGCACUGAUGAUCAGUGUGCCCUGAUGAUUAGUGUAGCCCCAUCAGUGCCACCUGUCAGUGUCCAUCAGUGCCAGCUGUCAGUGCUCAUCCAUGCCACCUGCCAGUGCCCAUCAAUGCCACAUAUCAGUACCUACCAGUACACAUCAAUGCCACAUAUCUGUGCCCAUCUGAGCUGCCUUUCAGUGUCACCCAUCAAUGCCAGUUAGUGCCACCUAUCAGUGCUGCCAAUCAGUGCUGCCUAUCAGUGCCACCUAUCAGUGCUAGUCAGUGCUGCCUAUCAGUGCCAGUCAGUGCUGCCUAUCAGUGCCGCCUAUCAGUGCCACCAGUCAGUGCUGCCUAUCAGUGCCAUAUAUGAGUGCUGCCUUUCAGUGCCCAUCAGUGAUGCCUGUCAAUGCCCAUCAGUGCCACCUACCAGUGCCUCCUCAUCAGUGCCCAUCAGUGCCACCUAUCAGUGUUCAUCAGUGGAGCCUAUCAG